UCGCUCCCUCUUUUAAUUUUUUAUGUUCCUAGGUUUUGAUGAUUCAAGUCUCCCAUGAGGGUAGGUAGGGUUGGGAAAAGGGUUCCAUCUUCUAGGCGAUCAGUUUUUGAGACUGUGCAGAGGUUGUGCUGUUUAGUUUCCAAACACAUGGAGAUGAAAACCGUGGGAGUAUGAGAAUUUUUGGUGUCAUCACUUAGCCCUACUCGAUUUCAGAGAACUCAGUGGAACUGGUUGAUCACUGUUACUAUUUGUUAGUCUGCAUUCCUUCUCCUUCAUUUUCAAAAUCAGACGAUAGAAGUACUUACGUGCUCAUUGUACGUCUUAAUUUGUGGAGUACGUGAGAGAGCAAUUUCCGUGAUUAGAAGUCAAGAUGUGCAGGCUCUUGGAAUGAGUGCAAAUUUCUUAUUCUCGUGCAUCUUUGUACGGCGUGAGCACUGAGAUCAUGACCUCUUUUGAGUAGGCGUUUGUGGUACUUGACAAUCUUUGUGACGCAUGCAUGAACGUAGUCGAUAUUUAUUAUUGGGUUCAUAGUGACUCUCUACUUGCAAGGUGAAAAAUGCUGUCUAUUCUUCCGCGCCCUCAGCACCUUGAUGUAUUAUGCGGAGGGCGCAUGACAGAUUGCAAUUGGAUCGUACUGCACGGUUUUAGGACUAGGGCGAAGCCAUUGUCUUGAUUACCAUCUCGUGAAAGGAGAAAUAUAUAGGCACCUGAAAAGCUGUUGCUGAAACCUCUUUGAGGUGUUCGGUUGCAGCGAAGUAUGAGUGUGCAGUAUGAACCAGAGCUGGGUUCUAUGGUCCUUACUCCUGGAUUUCCACCAGGCAAAGAAAGAGAGUAUUUCUCAGACACAGCGAAUAGUCAGCAGGCACCCAACUAUUUUGGUGCGCGCACGUCUUAUGCCAAUGACCACAGGCAGAAUGCAUAUGGCCUGAAAAUUAAAAGCCACGGUUCGCCUAUAUCUCCCCUCUCUCCGCAAGAUUCAUCUCAUGCCGCUUCGGAUAAUGGCCAAAGGAUGUCUGGAGGCUGGAACUCUGCGUCGUAUCAGAGUGAAUCCUCCUCUCAUAGUGAUACUUCUUUAGAGGGCCAUGUCAAACAGGAAGAGGCAGACUAUUAUGGAAGACAAUAUGGUCAUAUUGAGCAGUCAGAGGGAUCACUAGCAUACCAUAAUAGCCCGUCUUCUGUUUUGAAGCCCAUGCCAUAUCCAGGCGCAAUUGCCCAGGGAUAUUCAAUGCCUAACUAUCAACAGGACGGACGACAUGUUCCAGAUGGGCAGUAUGCCCAGUCGCAGAGCAAUUGUGCGCAGAGAAAUCCAGAAAUGGUGCAUAUGCUGCAAGUUCUAGAGAAUGCGCUUUUGGACGACGACGACGACGACGACCAUCGUGCACCAGAAGGGAACUGGGCAGACACGAUUGAAAAGUUUCUGGCCGCUGAUAACUCGGCAAUUAAGCCUUCCCCUGUAACGUCACGUACUACUCAACCUGAUUAUGGGAAGCAGCAAUGCAACGAGAACGCAAUCAACUUUACUGGAGCCGUCACAGCCAGAGUGGAAGAACUGGCUCUUCAAAAAUUGGUGGUAGCAACGAGGAGCAGAUCAGAACAGCUGCUUGUAGCUUGUGCAGAAGCUGUCUCAAAUAAUGAUAUGCCGUUAGCUAAUGUACUUAUUGCGCAACUGAAUCAGGAGGUUUCAAUACACGGUGAUCCGAUGCAGCGUCUGGCUGCUUACAUGGUUGAAGGCCUUGUGGCUCGUGUGGCUGCGUCAGGAAAAAGUAUCUACACUUCAUUGAAGUGUAAAGAGCCUCCGACCAGAGACUUACUAUCAGCAAUGCAGAUUCUGUACGAAGUCUGCCCUUAUUUCAAAUUUGGGUACAUGGCAGCCAAUGGAGCCAUUGCUGAGGCAUUUCAAAAUGAAUCUCGGGUUCACAUCAUCGAUUUCCAAAUAGCUCAAGGUACACAAUGGACUACCCUGAUUCGAGCUUUGGCUGCUAGACCAGGGGGUCCACCUCACGUGCGGAUCACAGGUAUCGAUGACCCCAUGCCAGGGCCAACUCCAAAUGUAGGUGUUGAGAUGGUUGGUAAGCGACUUGCUAAUCUAGCAGAAGCUGUCGGAGUUCCCUUCGUUUUCCAUCCUGUAGCGAAGAAAGGGACAGAAAUAGAAGCAUGGAUGCUGGAGCGGCAGCAAGGAGAAGCUCUAGCAGUAAAUUUUGCGCUACAACUCCACCACAUGCCUGAUGAGAGCGUUUGCACAAGCAAUCCUCGGGACCGUAUGCUGCAUAUGAUAAAAGGCCUCAAUCCCAAAGUCAUGACUCUUGUCGAGCAGGAGUCCAAUACGAACACCGCCCCUUUCUUUCCACGCUUUUUGGAAGCUCUGAGUUAUUACUCUGCCAUAUUUGAGUCCUUGGAUAUAACCUUAGCUCGAGAGAGCAAGGAGCGUGUUAAUGUUGAGCAACAAUGCCUAGCCCGUGACAUCGUCAAUAUUAUUGCUUGUGAAGGCAUCGACAGAGUGGAAAGGCAUGAAAUGAUGGGCAAAUGGCGGGCGCGCCUCACCAUGGCUGGGUUUCGACCCUACCCUUUGAGCCAAACAGUGAACAACACAAUAAAGACAUUGUUGGAGUCGUACAGUGAUAAAUACAGGCUUAAAGAGGAGGGUGGAGCCCUUUUCCUGGGCUGGAAGAAUCGGCCACUCAUUGUUUCUUCUGCGUGGCACUAGAUCCCAUUCGUGAUUGCUGUAUAUACUCAUAUGACUUGCUUCAGCAUUGUGUUUGCUGAGGAACUGUCUUAGUUGCGAAGACUACGUUUCGCUAGAAUUUCAGUCCUGGGUAAAUAGUUGCCUAUUAGUCAGGAUUGCGCAUUGUGAAUAGACUUCUGCCUGGCCCUAGCCUGUUCUAUUUGUAAAAUUUUGCAUCCACUACUUAUUUAAUAAAAUGUAAGCUAUUUUUACGUA